AUGGGAUAUUAUUGGCCAACGAUGGUGAAAGAUUGCUUGGACUAUGCUCGAAGAUGCAAGGCUUGUCAGUUUCAUGCGAAUUUUAUACAUCAGCCGCUCGAAGCAUUACACCCGACCGUCGCAUCUUGUCCAUUUGACGCUUGGGGAUUGGAUGUCGUUGGUCCGUUGCUGAAACCAUCUCUUCUGAAGGUUGUCUCCAAGUCCAAACGAGAUUGGCAUGAACGAAUGGAAGAAGCUUUGUGGGCAUAUAGGACGACUUACUGCACACAAACGCAAGCAACCCCAUACUCGCUUGCUUAUGGAGUUGAAGCAGUCCUACCACUUGAGCUCCAAAUACCUUCUUUACGACUUGCUAUUCAAGAAGGGCUCACCGAAGAGGAAAAUGCUCGGUUGCGUCUUGCAGAGUUAGAAGCACUUGAUGAGAAAAGGUUGGAGGCUCAACAAAAUCUUGAAUGCUAUCAAGCCCGUCUAUCUCGUGCCUUCAACAAAAAGGUUCGCUUGAGGUCCUUCCAAGUGGAAGAUCAAGUCCUUGCAGUAAGAAGACCCACCAUCGUUUCCCAUAAAUCUGGGGGCGAAUUCACCUCAAAAUGGGAUGGACCAUAUGUCAUACAAGAAGCAUAUUCAGGUGGCGCUUACAAGCUUGUUAAUGCGGAUGGCCUGAGGAUUGGUCCCAUCAAUGCAAAGUUCUUGAAGAAGUAUUAUCCUUAA